UUCUCACAAAAAGCAACUGAAAAAGAAAACAACACUUGUGUACGGAACACGAACUAGGAACCCUCUCGGAUUCUUCCAUAGUCGGUUCCCCUCUUCACCAAUCAUAAACAAUAACCCCCAUUACUCCCUCCAAUUUACCCUUCUUGCCAUUCCCCCAAUCCCAUCCAACCCACGCCUACGAGGAAGUGUGUGUUGUGUGUUUGUUUGAUGCAACUUGCUCUCUCUUCACACCCAUCACAACCAACCCCAAACUCCAAACUAAAAAAAAAAAACCUACCAAACUCAAACUCUCAAACUCAGAUCUUCCUUUUGUGUUACAGUUUGGAUCUGAAUUCUCAAAAUUUUCCUCAUGGAUUUCCCUUAGCUAGCACCUUACCUUCAUCUAUCCUUUUUCAACUUCACUGAAAAUUAAGGGGUUUUUGUUCCUUAAUUUUAUUUCUAUUAAUCUUCUAAUUAUUUUAGGAAAUGGAAAAAGUGGCUCCUCCAUUACCUCCUAUGGCAGCGGUGCACGGUUUAUUUUACGAUCCGGCAUCAACGGCGGCGAGCAAGAAGCGCGAUCUGUCGUACGAUGUGGGUCGCGUGACGGAGAAUUGGAACCCUAAGGAAUGGAAUUGGGACAGCGUGAGAUUCAUGGCGAAACCGUCAGGUACGGUCACAUCACGAGGAGGAGGAGGAGGAGGAGGGGAAGACGGAGAGGGUUUAGGGUUGAAGCUGAACCUCGGCGGCGCGAACAAGAGGGUGCGCUCGGGGUCACCUGGAACGGCGUCGUACCCGAUGUGUCAAGUGGAUAACUGCGGCGAGGAUCUGACGAGGGCGAAGGACUACCACCGGAGGCACAAGGUGUGCGAGGCGCAUAGCAAGGCAUCGAAGGCGCUCGUUGGCGAUCAGAUGCAGAGGUUCUGUCAGCAGUGCAGCAGGUUCCAUCCCCUGCCGGAGUUCGACGAGGGGAAGCGGAGUUGUCGCCGGAGGCUCGCCGGGCAUAAUCGGCGACGGAGGAAGACCCAGCCGGAGGACGUUGCAUCGACGACGGUGGCGACAGCGAGCCCCGCCGCCGCCAAUUUGGAAAUUUUCAACUUGUUGACUGCGGCAAUAACUGGAGGGUCGCAAGGAAAAUUUGAGGAAAGAAGGUCCCAAGUUCCAGAUAAGGAGCAGCUUGUUCAGAUUCUUAAUAGGAUACCUUUGCCUGCUGAUCUGACAGCUAAGUUGCUGGAUGUUGGAAAUGUCAAUGCAAAAAGUGAUCAGGUGCCAAUGCAAACUUCACCCUCCUAUAGUCAUCAUGAUAACCAACUGAACCACACCCCUUCUGCGCCCUUAACUAAGGACUUGCUUGGUGUUCUUUCCACCACUCUUUCCACGCCUUCUCCCAGUGCUGUUUCAUUACAUUCUCAAAAUGGCAGCCUCAGCAGCAAUGUCAGUGGUGAUAAGUCUAGGACUAGUGCUGACCACACAAGAGGACAGCAAUUCACUGGGGUUGGUGGAGAAAGAAGCAGUGGCAGUUCUCAGUCUCCGGUUGAAGAUUCAGAUAGCCAGGAGGAUGUCCGAGUUAAUUUACCCCUGCAACUUUUUAGCUCCUCUCCAGAAGAUGAAAGCCUGCCAAAGAAGGCAUCUUCGCGAAAGUAUUUCUCUUCGGACAGUAGUAACCCUAUGGAAGAGAGGUCGCCAACGUCAUCUCCUCCCAUUGUGGAGAUGCAGUUUGGUUUGCGGGGUGGGGAUAGAGUCCUCAAGCCCGAAAGCAUUUCAUCUGCAAGGGGAGGUAAUGCAAAUAAGGAAGCUAACCGAAUUUAUGGUUGUGAUAUCUCUCUUGAUCUCUUUAAAGGGUCAAAUAACAGGAUCCAACAACCUAGUUCACUUCGAAGUGUUCCAUUUCAAGCUGGGUAUACAUCUUCGAGCUCUGAUCAUUCACCUCCCAGUUUAAAUUCUGAUGCUCAGGAUCGUACCGGAAGAAUAAUGUUUAAACUAUUUGACAAGCAUCCUAGCCAUUUCCCUAGAACAUUGCGAACGCAGAUUUAUAAUUGGCUUUCAAAUAGGCCAUCAGACUUAGAGAGCUACAUAAGACCUGGCUGUGUGGUUCUAUCAAUUUAUGCUACAAUGUCUUCUUCUGCGUGGGAGCAACUAGAAGAAAACUUCCUCCAACAUGUUCAUUCUUUAAUUCAAAAUUCAGAUUCUGACUUUUGGAGAGGUGGAAGAUUUCUUGUUCAUUGUGGCAGUCAGUUAGCAUCGCAUAAAGAUGGAAAGAUACGCUUGUGCAAACCAUGGAGAACAUGGAGGUCUCCAGAGUUGAUAUCUGCGUCUCCUUUGGCAAUUGUUAGUGGUCAAGAAACCACCAUUUCAUUGAAGGGUAGAAACCUGUCAACUCCUGGCACAAAGGUUCAUUGCACUGGCACUGGCUGUUACACAACAGCUGAAGUUACAGUAUCUGCAUAUCCUGGUAUGGCCUACGAGGAGAUAAAACUGGAUGGUUUUAAAGUUCAGAAUGCAAUUCCUGGUAUUCUGGGGCGCUGUUUCAUUGAGGUUGAAAAUGGUUUCAAGGGUAACAGUUUUCCAUUGAUAAUUGCUGAUUCAACCAUUUGCAAAGAAUUGAAACCACUUGAGUCUGAAUUUUAUGAGGAAAAAACAUGUGAUGCCAUCUCAGAGGAACAUGAAUAUCAUUUUGGGAGGCCUAGGUCAAGGGAGGAGGCGUUGCACUUUCUGAAUGAGCUUGGCUGGCUGUUCCAAAGACAACAAUUCCUAAAUGUGCAUGAGGGUCCAGAUUAUUCGCUUAACAGGUUCAAAUAUUUACUCACGUUUUCGGUGGAAAGAAACUGUUGUAUGCUAGUAAAAACCCUGCUGGAUAUCCUGGUUAAAGAACACACGGAAGGGGAAUGGUUGUCAACAAGGUCGAUGGAGAUGCUGAAUGCAAUCCAACUCUUAAAUAGAGCAGUGAAAAGAAAGUACACUGGCAUGAUUGAUUUGCUCAUCCACUACUCUGUUCCUUGCAAAAAUGACACAUCAAGGAUGUAUGUAUUUCCACCGAAUCUUGAGGGCCCUGGUGGCAUCACCCCCUUGCACUUGGCAGCAUGCACGUCAAGUUCUGAAGGCCUAAUCGACUCUUUAACAAAUGACCCACAGGAGAUUGGGUUGAAGUGCUGGGAGUCCCUUGCAGAUGCAAAUGGGCAGACUCCGCAUGCCUAUGCCAUGAUGAGGAAUAAUCACUCUUAUAAUGAGCUGGUUGCCCGUAAACUUGCUGAUAGACAAAGAGGUGAAAUUUCUCUUAGAAUUGACACUGAGAUAGAACAACAGUCAUUUAGAGUUGAGCUUGUGCAAAAGCAAAGCAACCAACUCCAACGAGGUGAGAAUUCUUGUGCCAAGUGUGCAAUUGCGGAAACUCACUACAACAGAAGAAUUUCAGGUUCAAAGGGCUGGCUUCACCGUCCCUUUAUUCAUUCGAUACUUGCUAUUGCUGCUGUUUGUGUAUGUGUUUGUGUGUUCUUCCGAGGAACCCCUUUCGUAGGCUCAGAGGGUCCCUUCAGGUGGGAAAAUUUGGAUUAUGGCACAAUGUAAUGCUCUUGGUAAAUGAAGUUAAAGAUCAAGAUAAUGGAGGGCAUAAACAAAAAGGAAAACUCAGUUGUUGCUUUAUUUCCUUAGAUGGCAAAGCUGCUUUUGGGAGAAAGUGGGGCAUUUUGUGAUGAGAGCCCAAUGUAAACAUAGUAUAUGUUGAUGGUGGUGAGCUAUGUUAGGCAUAUCCAGAAGUAACAAUAAAGUGGGGCUGGCUUGUGUACAGAUUCUAACCUAAAUGCUGCAGAUAAUCUCUGAUGCCUGAGUUAAAGAUAAGUUAAUAUCUAAAUGUGUUUCAGCUGGGUUUUGGAACUUCAAAUUAAGAAAAUCUAGAGCUCUUUAGACCAAUAUAAAACAUGACCUCCCAGUUUAAUGGCAAGUCUGGUCACAAGCACAAACAAUUCAAUGAGAGAGCAGUAAUAUUCGGAAUAAAGAGGAUUGUGGUGACUGGGGAGUAAAUGUUGCUUAUUGUUGAUUGUUGAUGCAGCCAAUGCUUGGGUUAGUGCCCUACGUUAACCAGGAAAAAGUUCCUUUCUUUUGUUGUAAGUCUAAAUGACACCUUCAAGGUUUUCUGAUGCAUAGAUUUCGUGUCUGUAAAGUUGAUUUGAGGUUAAGAAAAGAUAGUGAUUAUAGGGCUGACCAUACUAUAUGUUUAAUAAGUGUAUUAUAUUUUAAUUUAUAUCUAUUUAAUUCAUGUUUCAGUUUU